AUGAGCAUGGACGCCGGCAAUCGUGAAGAGGAGGACCGCUACUUUGGUGCGACAUUAGCAGCCCAUAAUUUUGAUACCCAGUCACUCCAGUCCGGCCCAGGGACAGGCACGGGCACGGGUCUACCACCGAAUCGCUAUCACCACCUCCAACACCACCUCCAGCCGCCACUGCAACUGCAGCUGCAACCGCACCCUCACUUGCCAGACGAACCCGUCUACCACUAUUCCGCCGCGGGCCACCUCCGACCCUUGCCGUCCUCCCAGUUUGCAUCCCAUGCCGCCAGCAACCACCAGGCCGCCCAUGCGAACGCGACCACGAACUUCGAGCCUGUGGGCCUCGUUGAUCCAGACGAUUUCUACCGAGCCUACGACGAAGACGACGGCGACGACACAUUGAUGGCUUCGACGCUGCCUGCCUCGAGGCAGAACCGAGACGCUUCGCUACGAUCAAACGGAAAUGGCUCGACCCCGAGGCACCCCACGAUCCCCUUGACACGAACCGGUCCGAGACCUGCUUUACGCUCUGUAUCCGCCCCCGUUGACGAACAAACCUCUGCUGCUGCUGCAAGAUCGAGACCUACAGCCACGACAGCAUUGCCUGGCCGCCCUGGGCAUCAACCGAGUGUGAAGGAUUUGAAGAAAAGAUUCGAUCAGAAUGCGGCGCAAUCAAGCAGUAACGCGGCUCCGGUUCGCAAGACCACUCCACGCAAUCCAGUUCGAGAGACACCUUCACCAGCAGAAGCCCGGCCAGCAAGUGCUUCUACCACAACGAAUGGCCGAACAACAUCAUACACGACGUUGCGAUCUUCGGUGACGCGUGACUCGUCCUCUGGAGCUAGAACGUCGUCGGGGACGCGAUCGACGCAAAGGAAUCGAACCGUGGCCGAGGACCAGUUAUCGAAUAAUGCACAGUCAUUCGCCAGCCGCAUAGCCAAACCUCGAGCCACCGUGGGAGCCCAUGGUCAAGCCUCCGAAACCAUGACCAAUUUAUCCCCGACCUCUUCACCGGACUCGAUCCCACCCGUCCCCCAGCCACGAAGUCUUCUUUUUGGAGAGAUAGGACCCGGCCAAGUUGAUGCUGGACUGGUAGGGCAUGGAAUCGACGGUCAUCGAACGAGGAGGACGUCAGAGUCAAAUCUUCAAAGCCAGGCUGGCCAUCGUCAACGUAGUUUCUCUCAUACUGAUGCUGAUCCCCCAUCCCCAAGCGACUGGUACCGCGAGACGAAUGGUGAGACUCUCUCUCGCACCAUCGCCGGAUCCACGUCGCAUACGAACAAGAGCCAUAGCAGAUCACGUAGCGAUCUCGCAGGCACGAAAUCCGUUCAGCCGCGAUCGAAAACUUCCCAGGCUUCCCGUCCCAGACCAACUUUGAACACGUCGAUGCUGUCCACGUCUUCCAAACUGCCUGUUUCGGUUCGAAAACUCAGCACUCCUUCCAAUUCAUCAAGCCCAACCUCGACACGUUCCAAUUCCCCCUCCACUCGCAGAAGGCCCCCGGCUCAGGGAAAGCUAUCCAAGUCAAUUCCCGUUCCGAGAGCGAAGACACCUACCAGCAGUAGCAAUACGGCAUUGAAACGACCAAGCAGGUCCGGCGCCAUCACACCUAAUGAUAAUACAAGGCUCAAUGCCUAUAUCGCAGCUCCUCCGCCGAAGCUAUCACCGCCAUUAAGAAGUUCGCGGCCCCGUCAAACCGUGUCUACAGCAACCACCACAAGCUCGAGAUUGAGAGCCGUCGAGAGAGGCAGAUCCCCUGCAAAUGUUGACAAUAAGGCUAGUGCGAAGGCCAAUGAGCCAACAACACGACGGAGGAAAAUCUCGAUGGGACCCAUCGACUUUGAAUCGCGGCGGGAGCAGAUCAAACUUUCGUAUACGAAGUCGAUUCGUGAUGGCGAAGCCAGGGCCUCUGCCAGGAAGGUAGCAGAAGAGAAGAGGAAGAAAGCCGUGGUCGAGGCUGCUAAAGCUCAGAUAGCGGCGGCUGAGGCUCUCACACGCCAGGAGGAGAAACUUCAGGCGGAGCUCACGGAUGACAGUUUGCAGAGUCCAGCCGACCUUGAGAUAUCCCCUGUUGAAUCGUUGGCGCUACGGACAAUCACCACGGGCUUUCUGAUGGACAGCCCAGCGGAUGCCGAAGCACCCACUGCAGAGAGACUGCCACUGCCGACCAUAACGACAGGACUACUGCGCAGCUACCAACCUGAUAUGUCCACAGAGGAGAUAAGACCAAGAGACUCACCAACACUCGGAAUACCUGGAAGUUUUCCGGAUCUGGAAACCCCUGGUGAUCACGAAGAGCCCCCCCGUUCGGCGAUUUCGGACACCACAGAGUUCGAUGCAGAGCCCCAGACCGAACCACCUGUCCAGGAAGCCCCUCUCCGUCAAGACUACAUUGGUGCGGCCAGUGUGGAUGUUGAUGAUCACCAUGAACAGACACACCCGAAGUUCGAGUAUCGGUCUCCUUUCGAAGAUGAGUCAUUGCAGGAUGACGGCAUAUCCAUCAAGAUAUCGCUAGAUCCAUCACCUGAUCAAGAAUCACAAGUUAUAGAGCCUGCUCAGUCCACGAGCGAAUCCAACGUGGAUCAGGAGAACCCUUCUAGUGCCAGGGAAGACGAGUACGAGCCAAGGCCACUGACUUCGCAAACCUACCAGACGAAGGUAACGAUAAUCGGCCGUGACUCUGAGUUUCCGCCCUCUACCCGCGAGGCUAGUGGCAUUCCUCUUUCCACUGGGGUCUCUCAAGCACAGGUCUCCGAAGACAAUGCCCAUCCCCGGCCGCGCAGCCAGUCUCAUAGGCUCUCUUAUGGGAAUAGUGUGAGUUCCUAUGACACGCAGCCUGAUCGAAGUGCCGGUCUUAGUGAGAUCGAAGAAUUCUUCGUCGGGCCAAUCAUCAGGGACUCCGCAUUAUUCCCGCAAGGGAUCACGGCCAGACUGGAAGAGUCCCGAGAUGGGCACACUGGCUCUAGUCAACAUCAUACCGAAGAGAUACGUUUCUCCGCCGACUCUCGAAGGACGAUGGGCACGCGUCCAAGCUUAACUGUACCCAGAACUUCAGAAUCGAUGAAUAGGGCAAGUCAAACUACCGCGUGGACCGAGUACUCCGCGAACAGCCAGGACAGGUAUUCUGGUUAUGAGCCUAAAGACCACAACUUCGAUCAGCGCGAGUUGACAUUUCAUGAACAAGCACGUUCUGAGUCUGAUUCUAGGCCGCAGUCUUAUCAGUUUGAGCGGAACUCGAGAGAUGAGUCUUGCAGUCGUGAUGUGUCUCCCUUCGGUACCUAUCGACAUACUGAAGCGCAGUACGACCACCAACCCCGACUGCCGGAGAUAGAUACGAGCCAAGGAUUCGUCGUGAACUAUGUCAACCGGAAGAACAGCACCACGUUGACUUCGGUUCCAAUUCUCCCAGAUCACUCUCCACCACCACCACCUGAUGAUGUUUCGUUGCGCGAUGCGUUGAGCUCUGCACCGCCGAGUGAAUAUUUUGAUGAGACAAGGCCAAACAGCUACUUUCGGGCUGGGAAGGAGGAUCAAGGUUUGUACUCCUUGAAUCCGUCAAGGAGGGAGAGUGAAGACUUGGCUCAAACGGUCUCGGCCACUCAGUCGAUCGACCAAGGCUCACUUGAAACGUCAGAAGGCAAUCAGUCAAGCUCGUCUCGCCUCACCAGUCAGCAAACCUUGGCCGAGAGUAUCAGCAUUGAUCCUACACCAGAGGCGCAAGGUCUAUCCACGAAGGAGAGGAAGCGACUGUUCACUCGUCUCGAAAUCAUCAAAGAGAUGAUCGAUACCGAGGCUUUCUUCAUAAGAGACAUGAAUAUCGUUGAAGAGAUCUACAAGGGGACAGCCGAGGCAUGCCCAAAGCUCGACGAUACAACCGUUAAGCUCAUUUUCCGAAAUACCGACCAGAUCGUCAAGUUUCACUCUGCCUUCCUAGUAGAACUCAAAGAAGGCGUGUCCAGCGUCUAUACCCCCAAAGUACAUCGAUCGAAUCUGACAAAGGGCAUUUCAAGUCUCGUUGAUGGGUCAGCCUCCUCGACAACCUCGAUUGGUCGCCUGAGCGACGACAAGGACAGACAGACGUCACUAGGUCCGAUCUUCGUUCGGAACAUGGAGAAGAUGAAAAUCGUCCAUGAAGCUUUCCUCAAGAACAGUGACCACGCCGCAAAACGGUUGAUUCAAAUUCAGGAAGAUCCAACAGUGCAAGUCUGGUUGAACGAAUGCAACGAGGUAGCAAGAGAUCUAACCAAAGCUUGGAACUUAGAUUCGUUGCUCAUCAAGCCUAUGCAAAGAAUCACCAAAUAUCCGAAUUUGCUCAUCCAGUUGCUUCAUGAAACACCAACUGACCACCCCGACCGCCCGAAUCUCGAAUCUGCUAAAGCAUCCCUAGAAAAUGCGAUUGAGGACAUCAACAAGACCAAGAAGAAUUUCGAGCUGGUGGGACAGAUCGUGGGUAGCAGAAAGCGCAAGGAAUCCGAUGUGAAGGCCGGGUUUGCCAGAGCGUUUGGCAAACGAGUUGACAAACUACAAGCUGCAAACAACAGACCAACAGAGGAUCCCGAUUACCUCAAGCUUCAUGAGAAAUUUGGCGACGAUUACCUACGGCUACAGGUGGUCUUACGGGACGUCGAAUUCUACACGAGACAGGUCGCUGAACACGUUCAUGAAUUUCUACAGUAUCUUUCAUCCAUGGAGCUGGUCAUGCGGCUUCAACCUUCACCUCAUCCUGAAAUCGAGAGCAAAUGGGUCCGCUUCAAUGUGUCUAUGAGAGACGUCGAGAAAGUUGCCCUAGAGCAACAUCUCUCACAAGUCCGGAAGCAGGUUAUCGAGCCUUUUGAACUUGUCAUCAAAUCAUAUGGGAAUCCAUCACUUGCCAUGAAGAAGCGAGCCAAACGCCGACUGGACUAUGAGAGAUCCAUUCAGCUGAAGAAAGCCGGCAAGAAAGUUGACAAACAGCUAUCGGAUUGCGUCGAGCAAUACGAGGCGCUGAACGAAGCUUUGAAGAAGGAACUUCCCAAGCUUUCAGCGCUCACAGAGAAAGUUGGAAACAUCUGUCUGGGCAACCUCGUCAAUAUCCAAGCUCAGUGGUUUGGCAUUUGGAAGGAGAAGCUCAAGGUGGUGCUCGAAGACGCUCAUAUGCCCGAGAUUCCGGAGAUCGUAUCGGCUUUCCAGCGAGAUUACAAGUUCCAGGACGAGCAGAUGAACUCGAUUGGGAUCGUGAACGGUGCCUUCAAGGGCCGACCUUCUCAGUCAACUUCCAUCGACGAAUCUUUCGGGAGACUUCGGCCGACCCCAGCCGACCUCUCUCCUCGCAAUCGUGGGCUGUCUUUGAACAGCGACACGGCUCCGACUUUACCAACACCUGACUUCAUGAACCGCCGCAGCGGUCAAUUCGCCAUGUCGCCCUCUGCUAUUUCCGCCCAGAGUCCCCACCAAUACUAUUAUCGUGACUUCUACGGUGGAAUUAACGGACAGGCUCUUCAAAACUCUGGCACGCCCAAAACCCCAGAUCUGUCUACCAGCUCUCGGUCAUUGGCGACUCCUUCCGUUCGACCUGGCACCGGCCAGAGCUAUGACUCGGGCGGUAUCCCUGGGCAGAGUGCUGAAUCUGUUCAGCAUUCUCGGCGCUACUCGAACUCGGCGCACCCAUCCCCGUAUCAAGCGCCUGACAAUCAGCGAUAUUCGGGCCUCUUCCAAUCCGCCCUUCCCGUGUCCGAAGGACAACAGGAAAGGCAUCCGCGUCCAUCGAUAGCAUCGUCUCGUGCUUCUUCGCGGGAGCGACAGCCAGUCAACGGAUAUAACGUUCUGUGGCUUGCUGCCUCUCUGUUCGAAUUUAACAUCGAGACCAUCAAACAUGAAGCUGGGUACCCUUAUCUGACGUACUCAGCUGGCGAGAUCUUCGAUGUGAUUGCCGAAAAGGGCGAGCUUUGGCUCGCUAAGAACCAAGAUGACCCGAACAAUCUAGUCGGUUGGCUGUGGUCCAAACAUUUCGCCAAACUAGCGGACGAUUAG